GUACUGGGCGCUAAUAAUGCAAUGCCGCCGCAAAUAGUGUCGGAUGUUGACCGCUUUCAUGAAAGACUUUUUAUUCCGUUUUGAUCCGUACGUUAUGGAUCGACGGUAAUAUUAGACAAAAAGAGAUCACCUGGAUGGCUCACCCGGCACACAAUCUUUUUGCCGAGAGAGGCAGCUAGCCAAGGUGGUGUUGGGCCUUCCAGAAUCAAACUUCCCCCUGACAGUUGCUUCCAGGCCUUCUACAGCAGCCUCGACCCAGUCAUCUUGCAGAUGCUUUUUUGGCUGGGAUGGACGCGGAAAGAGUCAACUUUGAUCCGAGGUUUGGGCAUCUAACCCCCUAAGGAUAAGUUGGCGAGUGAUAUAUUAAGGGCAUCACGGUGUUGGGUGUAAUCCGGACUUCGUCGUGUUCGUGACACACGAGACUACUACACCGUACCUUUCAGGGUUAUUUACAUAGCAUGGGUUGAGAAAACCGCAGACAGAAAUAUGUCAGACUCCUCCUCCACUUUUCACCACCACCAGGCAUCAUGGCUUCCCUCCUUCUCUGAGCUCACUGAGAGCAUAGCGCACUCCGCUGGCGACGGGGCCCCUCCCACACGCCACACCACCCUUCCACUCCUCGGCGGCCGGAUCCCGUUCCGGUCACCACACUCCCCCGAAGCUCAUGAAUCUCCUCGUUACGCGAGUCCAUAUUACUCUUCUAUUUUCACCGCCGGGCCCUGGUCACCCUUGAGAUUGGACCCACUCAGCGCCAACCGCGACCCAUUCCAGCAUGCCGACUUACCGCGGAAACCAUCGUCUGCCUCCAGAGCACCCACUGCCGAUUACAGCACCAUCCAUGUCAACACCGGCAGUGACCAAGAGAGCACCGAGGGAAUGGUGGAGAUUCCUGCCAAGCUGAACUACACCGAAGCACUUGAAGCAAUCGCCAACUCAGCUUUUGCCCUCUACGACUUUGCAAGACGCUGUACAGCCGACUGCCGCCCUGGUGAUGAUGACUCAACUCUGCUCGUCAAGCUCCCAUCUAAGAGAGUGGUCAACAUCAUGGUAAACAACAGCGACGUGAUCAAGAAGAGGAUGGACGACAUCAAGUUAGCGAGAAAGUGGGUGGAGGAGAGCACAUCUGGCUCACACUCCAAGAGCCUUUUGUCCCAUCACAACUCAGAGGAGACAGUACAGAAACCUGGGAGGGGGAGGCGGAGGAUAAGAGAAAUUGGGAUUGAUGCUCAUGGGAAGAAAACAAUACCAGCACGAAAUGCGGCGGGUAAAUGCUAUAAUUGUGACUGUAUUGAGAGUACUGAGUGGAGGAAGGGACAAGAAGGGGCGAGGACGUUGUGUAAUAGGUGUGGAUUGCAGUACUCCAAGAGGAAUAUGCCGAUCAAGCAGCGGUCAUGA